AUGGAAAAAGUAAAGAAGCAGCAUCACCAAACACUAGCUUUCAUCUUCUUGUUGAUUAUCCUAUUGUCUUUAACAAACAAGUCAGGAUCGUCGUCAUCGGAGUUAUCAAAAGCUCGGAAGCAUCACUUUGUUCUAGUGCAUGGAUCAUGCCACGGAGCAUGGUCAUGGUACAAGGUUAUUACACUUCUCAAAUCGUGGGGUCACAGUGUGACUGCCUUAGACUUGGCAGCUUCAGGGGUCAACCAAAAGAAGGCUUUGGAGCUUAAAUCAAUUUCUGAGUACUUUGAACCUUUGAGUGAGUUCAUGGCUUCAUCAGUGGGUAAAGGUGAAAGAGUGGUUCUUGUUGGUCAUAGCCUUGGUGGCUUGGCCAUAUCCCAUGCCAUGGAGCAUUUUCCUCGCAAGAUUUCUGUGGCUGUCUUUGUCACAGCUAUGAUGCCUGGUCCAACACUCAACAUAUCCACCCUCAAUCAGAAGGCAUUAAGCAAAUUACAACCGCUACUGGAUAAUCAUUACACUUACGAUGAAGGACCUAAUAAAUCGGCCACAACAUUUGUAUUUGGACCAAAAUUUCUUGCAUCUAAAGUGUAUCAACUCAGUCCAGACCAGGAUUGGAAUCUAGCAACAACAUUGAUGAGACCAUUGAGACUGUUCAGCAACGAAGAUAUGACAAAAGUGUUAAUUCUGUCACACACAAAAUAUGGGUCCGUAAGUCGCGUCUUUAUUGUGUCUGAAAAAGAUCUUGUAGUCACUCCAAAUAUUCAACGAUGGAUGAUUAAGCACAAUCCCCCUAAUCUCGUGGUUGAGAUUGCUGGAUCAGAUCACAUGAUCAUGAUGUCCAAGCCCAUACACUUUUGCCUUCAACUACAAUCCAUUGCUGCUAAUUAUGAUUGA